AUGUGUUUGCUUGAAUUUCAUAUCAAGUUCUGUACUUUUGGCGGAGAGCUCGAGCAAGUGUUGUUUUUGGAAUGUGGUCUGCCUAAGAUAUUAAUUGAAAAUCAACUGAUAUUUGCACUUUUGGUCUUUUUUCUAGGUUGCUGGAACAAUUUGAAGUUAAAUACAGUUCUUAGAUAUCGAUGCUUUUUGAAAACCUGUGCACCUUGUGCAUGGAUGAGUCAUGUGAUAUCUGUAGUUUAUUUUGAAGGUAUUAACGAUUGCAACUUAUGCCGGCAUAUUUGUUUUUUCAGAUUGUGCACGUUACACUCUGUAUCAACUUCAAAUUGGCUAUCUGUGGACAUGAUAUAUGUUCAGUGAUGAAGAACAUUUGGCUUUCAAGAAAAUGCAUGCGUUUUCCACAGUGGACGGCUUUGUAGAGAUAACCGAGUCUUUGGUGGAGAUGAUAAAGUUCAUUGCAAACGAGCCCUCAGCUGGUGUUUUCUACGUUCAACAGCAUACCCACACUGCCGUGCCCAACCUUAUCAAUCUCAGUAGCAAAAUUGAGGAAAAAUCUCGUCAAGUGACUUUGCACACCGCAGAUUCAGAGGAUUCUAUUGUCAUGGUUAGGUCAAUGAAAGAGUGUGGAUUCUCAAUUGCUGACGAAAUGAUUAAAGAUCUCAGACAUUCUCUAGCUGUCGUAUCUGAGAAGCAGUUGAGAAGUGGAUUUAUAGGAAGACCAAGUUCAAGUUUCCGGAUAGGAAGAACUAUCUCGUGGAAUCCUGCUACUUGGGGUCCGAAAACAUGUCCAGAACAAGAUGGUGAGAGGAAUGCUGAUUAUAUUUCAAAUGUUUUCAGGUCUGCAAAAGAAAAAGCUAGUAGUUUCAAAGGGCCUCAGAUGGAUUCCAUAGAAUUUAAACCAUCCAAGAAUGAUGAGCCAUCUGUGACCUAUUCUAUUGAUGCGACGUUAGCAGCAGAUGCCAGCUCUUGCACCAGAGGUCAACAAUGGUGAAACGUUGCUGUUCUCAAUCCAAACUGAUGAUGUGCUACAAGACGUCUGUGUGCAGGUAAAUGAAAGCAUGUCCC